UGGGAAAACUUGCCUCACGACGUUUUGAUGUUAAUCUUUUGUAAGUUUAGUUUUCUGGAUCUCUUAUACCUCUCUUUCACCUGCAAUUCAUGGCGCAAGAUUUGCUUAAAUCCUCAAGCAUUCUCAAAUCUUGAUUUCAGAAACUGGAUAAGAAUUUCACAACUUGUUCGUGAUCAUUGUCUUACAAUUGGCUGGUCUUCUGUCACUGAAGAUCAGGUAUUCAAUUCUGUACUGAAAUUCGCAGUCAAACGUAGCUUAGGAUGCGAGACCAACAUUAUCUUUCCCAAUCAUCAGCGUGUUCCUCAUGCCAUCAACUAUGUUAAGCGAAGGUGCCCAAACAUCAAAUCUUUCUAUUUAGGUGAAGGAGGGGAGUAUUGCCAUGGACGCAGGCCUGCUAGUAUAUAUAGGUGAAGAUCAAUUUCUGAUUGUACGUAGGGAAGACCAAUGGUUUAUUUGUUAGAGAGAGUAUA